AUGGAUCCGCUGCAGAAAUGGGAUCCAAUGUCGAUUUCCAUGCCCUCCCACAUGGCCACUGUGACAAGCUCCCAAGAGGCCUCAGCAGGCUCACAGCCUUUCUCCUCAGAAAAACUAAGCAUGGGCCUCAGUGGUUUGAGCCUCAGCCGCAGCCCUGGUCCAGGUGUCCCUGCUCCUCUGUCAGAGGGCCUUCUCCAGCAGCAGGCCCGCGAAAAGAAGGCCCUGUGGCAACAGUACUGGGAAAAGCAGGGCUUUCCUCAGAGGAAGAAAGUCUUCCUGAGGCACUCGAGACGCUGGCACCGGGAUCACAUGGCACCUUACCUUCUUGAACGGGAUGUCAGAGGCUCUCCUUCAGGCAACAGAGCUCAAAAUUCGCUCCAAUGCCAGGGCCAUGUGCCGAAUAUUGCUGGGUUGAGUGGAGAGAGGAACACAGCUUCCAACCCUCCCUCCUGGGAAACGCUGGUUCAGGGCCUCAGUGGCCUCACCCUCAACCUGGGAGCCCACAGAUCCAGGCCCCUGCCAGAGGGGACUGGGGAGCAGCAGCAGCCAGAGCAGAUGCUCCCACUGGAGAGGCAGCAGGAAAGCGUGAGAAUGUUCCAGAGGAUGCUCAAGUAGAGGAUGGAAGAAGGCUGAGGAGCUGCCACCCAGAGGAUGGAGGUGAAAUCUGACUAAGACAUUGUGUUCUGGCCAGCUCAAUGGCCUGGGCUCUCCUGAGGUCAAGGCAGUCAGCUGCCUUUGGAUGAGUCCCUACACUUGUGCCAAGCUAUAAUUGUCCUAGGAAAGGCUUCAACUUUCCUGAUUAUGUCUUUUCGCAUGCCUUUGUGGGUUUGGUGGUGUGAGUAAGCCUAUACAAAAGAAAACUGGGUACCAAGGAAGCCUGAACCCCCAUGAUGUGAUUCACACACAGAGUUUUCACUCAUUUUCCUUCUAACUCAGUGCCCCCAUUUUCUGUUAUGAAGAACCAACAUCAUAUGUGUGUAUAUAAAUAUGAAUGUAUAUAUGUGUAUAUAUAUGUAUAUAUAAGGUAUACCUAUGUUUUCUAUAUGCCUUCCUGAUGUCAGUUUAUUGAGUGCUCCCACAAAAAGAAUUGCAGGUAUGAUGGGAUGCAUAUUCUGCAUAGGAGAGACAUUCACUUGCAACUCUCAGAAGUUUAAGCAAGGGAAUGCAGGCUUUAGGCAGCUACCCAAUGUUCUGUAUCACCUAAAACAUUCAGUUGUGUGACUCUACAUGGAAGAAAAGAUUUCUUCCUCAGCCACACCAAAUUGUGGAUUUCUGGAGGAAUUGCCCAUGUAUCCACUCAAUUAUUGUCAUAGCAAAGGUUGACUUGGGAUUUCAUAACUGUGCAUCACACCUGACCCACCCACCCCACCCAGACUCUUGCUGAGGUCAAUAAAAUAAUUUAAAGACACAGCAGGACAGGAAAGGCAUAGUUUCAUUUAGAUGGAGAGGCAAAGAGUAUGCAUUCUAGGGUCAGCAUGGACAGUCCAGGGAGUGGGUAAGACUGUACUGAAGGAAGGUUGGUUACGGUGUCAGACAUUGGUGAUAAGCGUCAUUAUCCCCCAAAACUGGCGAUAAGUAGUGAAUGUUUGUCGGGACUGAUUUCAGGAGUCCCAUGUUUUCCAGUAAUCCAAGUAUAUACAGCUCUGGCCUGGGUAUACAGGUCUCAUAGACUGGAAAGUGGGGAGGUCAGUUUACCCUUCUGCCUGCUCUUGCUUGUCUCGGGCCAGCAGUGGAAAGUAUCCCGUGGGUUAAUUAGUGGUAGUACCGGGGAUCUGUGCAUGCUCUGUAUUUCUCAGCUGCUAAAAGACUCUGAUGAUCCAAGAGAGCAUCUGGGAGGGCAGAUGCACCCCUCUUUGCAUUGUCAAUAGGAAUCAGCAUUUAACCUGUCUGUAUGCCACACAGGUAGGGUGGGGUGGGCUUAUUCAAAUGAGGGAGUUGGGCAUUGCUCCGGGUUGCUGCCUAGCAACCACUCUGCAGCGCUCAGUGUAUAGCUUCUGCAUGAUAGAAGGAUCUGGUAGAGGCCUGGAAACACAUGCCUCCCAGCCAUUAGGGGUGCCUUGAUAGCUGUGAGGGUGCAGGCAACCUGGCAGGGUAAUCCUUCCUUGUCAUUUGACAAUGAGAGGCAGAGCUUCUUUUGUACUGGGCAACAAGGGGGAGUCUGUGAGACAUGUUACUGGCUGUGCUGUUUGUAGUACUUCAUUCUCACAUGCCCCCUGAUCUGCAGUCACUGGGCUGGGCACCUGUACCUCUGUCUAAUCAGAGGGAUGUGUCAUAGUGUGCAAGUGUAUUUAACUUCCCCAGCAUUGAAAUGAUUUGCUGUUUUCAAGUGUAGUGUCCUGUGCUUGUCCCAGAUGGCAUGAAAUGCCCUCUUCCAAAUAUGAAAACAUGUUCUCUUCUAUGACUCUAUGACCACCUGCCUCCUGUUGUUAAUGUGGACUGGAAAGUCAUCAUGUGGUUUUGUCAGAGUUUUUAAGAGGUGAAGACACUGUGUACCGAUCUCCACCCUAAUCCAUGAAACAACUUUUCUGUUGAACACAUUGUGAGUUUUGUACCACACUGACUAAUCCAUGCUACUGACUAUGUGACCAGUAAAAUUUUCAUUACAGUUAA